AUGUCCGAUCUGUGGUCUUCUAUAGCCCUUGCCAUUGACCCCAAGAGAACCCAAGCUAUGCCUGCCGUCCUUCAAACUACUAUCAAUCUCUUGGAGAGUGAGCUGGUCAAAGCCCGAGCCGCUCUUCAGGAGAUCCAACCCAAUGCCUCCCCAUUCGGCUUCCUAGGCGAUGAGGUCGCUGUCGGUGCCAUGGCCGCUUACAGGCAGGACCUCAUUGGCCGUGCCCCCGAUUUCUAUGGCUCUCGUCGGUUGACCCGAAAGGAGCUGGGCUUGGAGCCCGUGGUGCGCGAACUACCUGUCGAACGGGUAUCAGUGCAAUCUAUACCGCCACCUCGAUCAACCUCGCUGGAGGAUCUGCUGAGCAACAAUUUGAUUCUUGACCAGAUGGCUCCUUAUCUGUCAGUAUCAUCUUUGAUGGCAUUGGACUCAACGUCCCGCCGCCUGCACACAGUCAUCACACAGACUCCUUAUGUCUUCCGACAUCUUGAUCUGUCCCGCUGCCGGGGUGCCGAGCUUCCUACCACCACGCCAGAGGAAAACGAUUCUCAGACUGAGGAUGAGAUCUAUGCGGCUCCUUUGAAGCGCAUCUUCAGCAGUCUCGAGCGCAGAGGCAUCCUACGGGAUGUACGCACCCUCAUCUUGGAUGGUCUUUCGGUGCCCGCAGAUCUCGUGGCCGAGAUUCUCUUGACCGACCGCUUUAACGUGAAUAUCCUGUCCAUUCGCGAAUGUCAGCAUCUCAAUGAGCGUAAGCUCAUGCAGGUCAUUCAACAUGCCGUUCGGCCUACACGUCCCGCAGAUUCGCCACGAGUCAAGGGAAUUUAUCAUUUCUCGCCAAUGUAUGCAGCUCCGCGACCAGUUGCACGACCCCGAUAUCGUGAUUGGUGGGGUUCCCGUGUAGGAACACGAAGCCCCAGCCAAACUCGCUCAGUCUCCGAUCAGGAAGCAUCGGAACCCUCGGUAGAGCAGCAACAAAAUGAGUGGUACAGUUCAACAGGAAAGCUCUUCAAGCAUAGCCUUGAGGAUGGCUGGGCUCAAGUGCUCCAAAAGUGCGAGGGUAUCAUCGCCUUCGAUGCCGCCCUCUGUCGCGGCCCGAGACACGAUGCCAAUCUAUUCACAGGUGAGAACUCGCCAGUGGAGGUGCCGUUGCUCGGACCCGCAGUGGCCACCGUAGCUCUCGGGCCCCGCGGUUGUGACGGGUGCCACAGUUCCCCCGAGGGCCCGGCUAUCUGGGGUCAAGCCCCAGAUGUUCAAUUCCCGAUGCUCAGUCCCCCACCGCUGCACUCUUCGAAUGUUGCUGCGGCGAAGCGCCCUGAGUCAAUUCCGGGGGAACAUCCAGUUCUCAUUGCUCGGUGUGCAGACUGCCUCACCAACCGCUGGUGCCAUCGAUGCAAUAAGUGGUUCUGUGGCAACUGUCUGCCACAUCCACAACGUGUCCGAGUAACCCUGUCACCGCACCAGACAGCCCUUCGUUCCGACCAACAUGACAGCGAGCUGCAAGAGCGAGGUGUAAGCAAGGAUUGCUGGGAGUGUGGCCCAACCAGUGCCAACACACUUGCCAAGGCUGCCAAGGCGAUUAUUGUAUUCAGCACAAUGAAGGAUGCUCGUCCACACUGGUAA